GGUCAAGGGACCAAAAUAGCUUCAAAAUGAAAUGUAAAAAGUCACCUCAUAUAAAUGUUAAUAAUGUAAGGGAUCAAAAUUGAAAAUUGACCAAAUGUAAGAGACCAAUUAUGCAGUUUAAUCUUUUUGUAAUGAUAAUUUAAUGGAAAAUACGAAAAAGAGCAAACCAGAGAAAAGGACUUGAAUUGAAGUCUAAUGGAACAUCUGAAUGACCGUAAGGUCCAAGGCUGAUUACUUCAUCAAAGUCAUGUCUGGUGUUUACUUUCUUUUUUUAACCAAAAUGUGUACAAUUGCCAUGUGCCAUACCUGCACACCGAAAGGUGGAAAUUUUCAGCAUGAAAAUGAGCAUGACAUUAUGAUCAAACUGAACUAUACAGCCUUCUCUAUAUCUUCCUUAUCUAUUUCUCCAUGCUGGUUAGUCCAACUAUUUCGUUUAUUUGAGCAAGGAAAUGCAAGAAAAUAGGGGUGGUUCAGAUGGGUCUGUAGUGGAAUGUUGGGGGAGCCCUCCUAACAUUCCAGCAGCUAGCACAGUGAAUAAUCCUGAUGGGUUUUCUAGAGGCAACAACACUAAAGCAAUUUGGCCGAAUGUGAAGCCUUUUUUUAAUGGAUUCCUGGCAGGGCAGAUAACUGCUCUCCAAAUGAUCUCUGUGAACUGGGGUCAUAAAAAAGCGUUGGAUCAUAUGGAAACAUUUCGCAAUCAUCCUCAUUUUGCACAGAUGAAGGCUUCAUGGUCUACCUACCAAAAGCGGAUUCCAGCUCUCCUUCUCCUUCAAGCGACAUAUACCACUGCACGAUUUGGGUUAUUUGAUUAUUUGACCGAAAAAGUUAAAGCUGCAAAUCAUGGCAUUCCAUUGUCGCUGUACCAAGAAGCCUGCUGUGGGCUGAUAUCUGGUGGCUUCGCAUCCUUCAUUUCAUAUCCUUUAGCUGUAGCAGACGCUUCUAUACUGGUUGGUAAUUCUCUUCAAUCAGUGAAGCCCAACCUCAACUUGAGAAGUGUGCUUUUCAAUCAAUAUCUCAUGGUUAAAAAUGAAGGGAUGUUGGCAUUAUGGAAAGGUUCUUAUCGCUGUGUGACCAGAUGUAUGUUCUUCAACAUGGGGUUACUACCAUCAUACCAUCGGAGUUAUAGUUACUUUAGGGAGUCAGUUGGUCUGGACAAAACUCAAGCAAUAUUAGGAGCUGGAAUUGUAUCGGCUUUCAUUGGAACUGCUUGUUCUUCAUCGUGGUCACACAUUUCUACACUUGCGCAUUUCAUAAACAGUGAGAGUGGUAAAAAGUGUUCAUACAGAGACUUUUUGUUUUUAGUUGCACAUCAUUUACGGCCAGGGGGAAAGUUCAAGUUCUAUUCAGGAAUACUAAAAGAGUUUGGUUGGCGCACUCCUGUUACAUUGGUACGUCGUCCCUCAAAACUUCAACUAUGUAUUUGGAUACGCAUGUAUUCUUGCAUUUUUCAUCUCUUUUCCUCUUAGGACCUGUUCGAGUUUCUGACUUUUUUCGCUCUCGAGUCUCACUUUUCUUUGGAAGUUUUCAUAUGGCAUCCCCUAGUAUUGAAUAGAUGGAUGGCACUCAUUUUAGCAACUUUUUCUUGACUUCUUUCGGGCAGAUUACAUGGGUGAACUUGGAAGCUGUCCGAGGAUUUGAAAAACACAUAUGAAGGGUUUUAGCAUUCGGGGAAAUGCGACAGAUGGAGUUCAUGUUUUUCCUCCCUUCUGAUGAGAAUGAAAAAUAUGAGAAGCUGACUGACAAUCAAAUCGCAUUUUGAAGAUUCAAAUUCUGAGAAAUUCAGUGUGUUAAUUAUUUUCUAGUGCUUCAAGUUUUAGCUGAAACUUUUCCCUUGGUUUUUUGCUACAUUAAUGUGGUGAAGUUUGAACUACUUUAGCUUGCAAUUACAUCAGUGACAUUUGACAUCUUUACUUUGAAGGAACUGAUUAUAGUGACACUGCCAACAUCUCUAGCUUCAUAUUUAAGUCUUCCAUUUUUUCCAAUCAGAGAUU